AUGUCCUUGCUUAUGGAACAUUCAUUGAGUCCUUCCAUGAUAAGAGGUCAAGGGUAUGAUGGGGCAAGUAACAUGAGGGGUGAAAUCAAUGGCCUCAAGACUUUGAUUAUGAAUGAUACUCCAAGAGCCUAUUACAUUCAUUGUUUUGCUCAUCAACUUCAACUAACUCUAGUUGCGGUUGCUAAAAAGAAUCUUCUUGUAAGAGAAGAGACCUUAUUCGAAAAAAACCAAGCUCAAGUAGUGGCUCAAGCUUUGGAAGUGGGGGAAAUUGAAAGUGGAUCGGGUUUGAAUCAAGAACGUGGUUUGAGUAGGCCGGGAGAUACACGUUGGGGAUCUCAUUACAAGUGUCUAAUAAGUAUCAUCAACUUGUUUCCUUCAAUUGUUAAAGUGCUUGAGGAGAUUGGAGAAAAUGGCUCUCCGGAUGAUAAGCUCAAAGCUCAAAUGAGGGAUCAAGGAUGGGAUAGUCUCUUAGACAAAGUCAUUUUAUUUUGUACUAAACACGAGAUUGAUGUUCCAUCUAUGGAUGCACAAUAUGUACCUCAAGGAAGAUCAAGACGUUUUGCUAAACAAGCAACAAAUCUACAUCAUUUUUGGGUUGCAAUCUUUUUGGAAGUAAUUGAUUUGCAUCUUCAAGAGAUUGAUAACCGUUUUAAUGAGAAGAACAUGGAGUUACUUACAUGCAUGGCUUCCCUGAGUCCUAGAGGUAACUUUUCAUCUUUUGAUAAAGAGAGGAUACUUAAACUUGCUUCUUUAUAUCCCGAAGAGUUUUCAUGUUUUGAUUUAAACGGCUCUUGA